UCAUCGCUCCACUUGCUGGUAGACAGUCUUCACACUCUGCAGGCUCCUGUGAACACCAGUGAGUCCAAAACAUUAAAGUGGAUAAACAGCAAGAAGAGAAAGAUCAUGUUCAGGAACCAUUGUGAGAAGUCUUGCUCCCGCAGUUAAAAAAAGUUCGACGAAAAAGAAGAGGAUUUGUUGAAAUAAAAAGUUGAAUUCACUUUUGGAAACAACAUAUAAGCAAUCCAGCAAAAACAAAUGCUCUAGAAAAUACUGCUCUAUGAUCUGAGGCUGCUGCGUGGCUUCUAGGAACCAGAAAACUGCAAGAGACCAGAACCAGCAACACUGGAUCUUGUUGACUGCCAGACAACACUAUGUGGGAGUGUCUCUGUCCAAUGCAGUUAACUUGAAGAGGAAAAGUCAUUAAAGAAAUUAAAAGGAAUGGCAAUAUUUAAGACAUGCUUGUCCAUCUUUGCCCUUCUCCUGACACUAACUAUCUUGGAAACAGGGAACUUCAUUGAAUCUCCAAGUCGGGUUUUGCCGGAACACAACGAAGAAGAAUCAUGCAUACCUCACACCAGGGGGAAAAGGAGUGUGGCUACAAACCAAUGGAAUUACACGCUUGAUGUUGUAUUGAAUGCCUCUGAAGUGGCAAUAAUUCAGCAGUUUCAGUCCUCUUUGAACAGUUUUCCCAUACAACUUGGUAACAACACAGAGAUCUCGGACAUUACCUUCACAACAGUGUGUUCCUCGACUGCCACUGGCUUCCAGUGUAGAUGUGAGGACAAUUUUGCUUGGCCAUACAGCACAUGUGUCACGUAUGGAGCCUGUGAUUCCAUUGUUAGUGGCAUCUGUACAUGCAUUGAUGCUAUUCCAGCUGAUGGACAGUCCUGCCAGGCAAUAUCAGGGCUUCUGGCUCAGGUUGAGUACGAUGUGGAUGUUGACCUGCUUUUUACUGAUAUUGGGACCGUGGACGACCUUAGAAGCAUCCUGGAUGCAGGUGGCUUUUCCCUAGCCUUGGGUCCAACUGUGAACGUCACACACAUUACCAUCACCACAGUUUGCAGCCAAGAUAACACUGGGUUUCAGUGCCACUGUGAAAAUGACUAUCUUUGGCCGUGUGAUAAGUGUGACACCUAUGGGAAAUGUGAUGGUAAUACAAGCAACACAUGUGGAUGCAUCAAUGCCAUUCCUCCUGAUGGACAAUACUGCCAGCCUGCUGAUCAAUACAAUGUUACAGCUUGUCCUCUUUUAACAACUCCAUCACCAACAACUCCAUCACCAACAACUCUUCCUUCAACAACUCCAUCACCAACAACUCUUCCUUCAACAACUCCAUCACCAACAACUCCAUCACCAACAACUCCUCCUAUUCUCUUUGAAUACAUCAUCUUGGCUGAGUUGAGCACCACAGAUGUCACUCUAAUAAAUCAACUGAGUACCAUUCUGAGAAGCAUCCGUUACCCCUUUAUCCUCAACAACGCACAAAUCCUUGAUGUAAACAUUUCUACAGUUUGCUCUCCGAGCAGUUCUGGUUACCAGUGCAGAUGUGAGGAUCAGUAUCGUUGGUCAUGUGACCAGUGUUUACUGUAUACAUCCUGUGACAACAUCACUGGGGACACAUGUGGAUGCAUCAAUGCCAUUCCUCCUGAUGGACAAUACUGCCAGCCUUCUGGUCAAAACACCUUUACCCUUUGUCCUCUUACAACAACUCCAUCACCAACAACUCUUCCUUCAACAACUCCAUCACCAACAACUCUUCCUUCAACAACUCCAUCACCAACAACUCUUCUUACAACAACUCCAUCACCAACAACUCUUCCUACAACAACUCCAUCACCAACAACUCUUCCUACAACAACUCCAUCACCAACAACUCUUCCUUCAACAACUCCAUCACCAACAACUCUUCCUUCAACAACUCCAUCACCAACAACUCUUCCUUCAACAAACUCAACAAUGGCUGCUACAACAGUUGUGACCAAUACAACAACCACAAUGUCUCCAACAACCACAAGGUCUCCAACAACCACAAUGUCUCCAACAACCACAAUGUCUCCAACAACCACAAGGUCUCCAACAACCACAAGGUCUCCAACAACCACAAUGUCUCCAACAACCACAAUGUCUCCAACAACCACAAUGUCUCCAACAACCACAAUGUCUCCAACAACCACAAGGUCUCCAACAACCACAAGGUCUCCAACAACCACAAUGUCUCCAACAACCACAAUGUCUCCAACAACCACAAUGUCUCCAACAACCACAAGGUCUCCAACAACCACAAUGUCUCCAACAACCACAAGGUCUCCAACAACCACAAUGUCUCCAACAACCACAAGGUCUCCAACAACCACAAUGUCUCCAACAACAGGGUUCAAUUUGGAAAUGACAGUGCAAUUAAACAAGACGUUCACAGAAGAUUUGAAAGAUCCAACAAGUGCUGCAUACAACAAUCUUAAAGACAGCAUGGAAACAGCGUUAAACACGGAGUAUAGAAGAAUCACAGGGUUUAUUAAUGUUUCUGUGACUAGAUUCAGAGAAGGAAGCAUAUUUACAGAUUUUGUUGUUGAGACUACAGGGGUUACAUCUGCAGAAUUGGAUGAAGCAAAUAAAGCAUUUUCAAAAGCAGUAACCUCUACUAUUGCCCCUGUCAUUGGCUCUGUCACUGCAUUGUACAACAGUGAAAAGGAAUUAGGGAUUACCGCCCCAAAGUAUACUGGAAAUAACAUGACACUGGUGUGCGACCCCAUCAUUUAUGUGGAAGAAUUAAGAAAGUCCGAGUGGACAUUUCGUGGAAGGGUAAUUAAGCAGGCUGGAAAGAGAAAAAUAACAAAUUCUAACACAAGGUCUGUUCUAAGAAUAGAGAAAGCCAAUGCUGUGGAUAUUGGACUUUACCAAUGCACUCUGAUGGGCGACGUAUUGCAGUUCAGACAAAUAAGGAAUGUGACUGGAGAUGAUAUCCAAGAAGCUCCCAUCAUAGUAUCAGAGUCUCACAUACCUGUUAGAUGUCUGGGGACGGAGGGACAAACAGUACCACUUAAGUGUUGUGUGCAGUUCCCUUUUAAGGUGAAGUGGUUUAGAGGCUCACUUGCUCUUGGAUCUACUGUUACUGGAAAUGGAAACCCAUUCUGUCGCACGUAUGAAUACACGCUAGGAGCCUGCAGUACACCAACGUCACUAGCAUUUACUUGUAAGGUCGAUGGUCUCGAUUAUAGCCGGGUAACAACAUUGACAAUUUCCGAAGAACCUUUUACAUGUAAAGACGCUGAUUAUGGAGAAGGACGAGAAGGCGAACAAUCUAGUACAGAAUGUCCUACAGGUCAAGAGGGGGAAAAGAUUGCGAAGUGUGAUGAUGGAAAGUGGAUAUUGGUAGAGAACACUUGCGUUAUCAAAGUAAUCAAGGAGUUGCUUGAUUCUUCAGAGGUGUUGCUGGUGCAAGAUGUCCCAGAUUUUGUGGGGAAACUGAGUGCAGAGGUCGAAAAGGUGCAGAAGGCAGUAAGAGAGUCACCUAAUACCAUAUCAACUAUCGUGGACAUCCUGGGCAACAUUGCAGAUAUUGAUACUCUGGUAGUCAAUCAACCUGUCAUAAGGAGUGUCCUUCAAACAGUUGAUUUCAUUAUUGGUGAGGAUUCAAGAGAGUCCUGGAAAUUUCUGAAUGCAAACGAAAGCAACAACGCAAGCUCUGAUUUACUGGGUUCGAUGGAACUCCUCUCUGAUAAAAUAAAUGGGACAUUUACCUUUGAGACUGCUGCAAUCCUCUUCGACAGAAGCACCUUUGACCCUGACCUUAUCUCGUUCUCCGCAAAUCUGAACAGCAGCGUUGUCCUGAACAUUUCUAACAACGGCUUUAGCAACGCCUCUAUCACCACUAUUACUUUCUUCACCCUAAAUAAUGUUAUGCCAGUACGGAACUCCAGCUUUAACACCAGCCUCUUCAACACCAAUAACACUGACCCCGUUAAUGCCCUCAACGCAGCUGUGGUGCUGAUCAAAGUAAAUGAAACAAUUCGGAACGUUACUUUAAGCUACACCAAGUUAAAGACGACUCUGACGCAAGAUCCUCAGUGUGUCUUCUGGAACUUUAAACUGUUUGACAACAGGGGGGCUUGGGAUAGUGAAGGGUGUGAGUUUGUUUCCGAUAUAAAUGACACAGUAACCUGCAGAUGCGACCAUCUCACCUCAUUUUCAAUUCUGAUGUCAACUGGUAUCCCUAAAGAAUUCAAAGAACUCUUGGAUCUAAUCACCUACAUUGGAGUUGGGAUCUCUUUGGCAAGUUUAGUUAUAUGUUUAAUUAUUGAAGGAUACGUUUGGAAAGCCAUAACUAAAAAUAGCACUGCCUUCAUGCGUCAUGUUUCCAUCAUUAACACUGCCCUCUCUCUGUUGAUCGCUGACAUCUGUUUUAUCAUUGGAGCCUCCAUUGCCGACAACCCAGCUGAAAACCCGGAGAACAAGAACUUUAAUGUUCCAGUUGAGUCUUGUAGCACAGCAACAUUUUUUAUGCACUUGUUUUACCUUGCGGUGUUCUUUUGGAUGCUAGUUUCAGGCCUUCUGCUAUUUUACCGGACAGUCAUGGUCUUCUCCCACAUGUCCAAGUCAGUCAUGUUGGCUAUUGGCUUCUUAUUAGGCUACGGGUGCCCUCUGAUCAUAGCUGUUAUUACUGUUGCCGUCACAGCACCAGGAGAAGGAUACAUCAGGAACAAAGAGGCUUGUUGGCUUAACUGGGAGCAAACAAGGGCCCUGUUGGCGUUUGUGAUACCUGCCUUAUCUAUAGUUUGUAUCAACAUAAUUAUCGUAAUCGUGGUCCUGUUCAAAAUGCUAAGAAGAGGCGUGGGAGACGCCGGCCAAAAAGAGGAAAGGCAUACGCUGGUUGUCAUUCUAAGGUGUGUGGCCAUUUUGACUCCUUUAUUUGGACUGACCUGGUCUUUAGGAGUGGGGACCAUGCUAGAUUCGACAAAUAGAGGACUCCACAUUGUCUUUGCACUCUUCAAUUCACUACAGGGUUUCUUCAUUUUAGUGUUUGGGACACUAUUCGAUUCAAAGAUCCGUUCUAUCCUCGCAAGAAAAUCACCUACAACAAGCACAGGCUCCAAUACAACAAGAAGUACAAGUGGUGGCAUUUCCUCCACUGGAGUGAACUGGUUCCAUCGACUGCGUGGAAGAAGAAACGUCUACCGUAUGUCAGGGGCUGCAAACUCGGGCAGUGCUGGUGCGUCGGAGUCAUUCUCCAAUAUCUAAAUCAAUACAUUGAACCGUACACAUUAUUUCUUUAGGGCUAUUUAUUCAAAAGAUCUGACAGUUAUUGUAGGAUUUUCAGCACAUAAUCAGAAACGAUGCAGUUUACUGGGAUGAUAUUGUAAGAGAUGGUGCAACAGACAAGGUUAGUUUUGAAAUCAGAAUAGUUUAGGUCCUACACGCAGCAUUAAAAUAAGUUUGCAUUGUAAAGGUACUGUUCUGUUAUUCAAAGCCCUAAGAAAGCAAGUGUGACACAACAUUGUGAAUGAAACUUUGAAAUGACAUUUUAUUUUGAAGUGUGAAAUGUGAUGGUGCUCUGAAUCAAUGACGUGCAAUGAUCAAUUAUUAUCUUAAUGUACAGUCGUAGUGAAUCAUACCUACUAGUUUCUAGGUGUUUCAUGAUAACAUUGAUAAUACCAUGACUAUGUUCCUGGGGAAAAGAGCAUAAUACUUCCUUCAUUAAAAGCAAAACCUAAAACCUAAAAAAUGUGUAAAAAGAUAAAUAGAUUUUUAGUAACAGUAUAACUCAAUAAUGCAUGUUAGCUAAACAGCAGCAGUUGUAAGAACAGCAAUGAAAUGAAACUAAGUGUAAUGUUCAUUGGCCCGCCCGCCCCCCCAAAAAAAUGCUCGCCAUUAAGAACUUUGUUUUUAAAACAGGUGUACAGUUCAUAGAUGUGUAUAUACAGUUGUUUAAUUUUUUCAUAAAUGUUUUUUUAUUAUAAAUGAAAUGCUUUACAAGAUUUAAAGUGUUUUCUCUUAAUAUAACACAAAGUAUUGCCUUCCAACCAUGUUCUUUUUCUGUAAAUGAUCAAUCUUUCCCAAUAAACAUACAAAUUAAAGCACUAUACAUAACACAUUUUGAAGAUAGAUUGGUUCUUUGACAGUCAAUAUUGUGUUAUAAUGUUUAAGGUGACCUAUUAUGCAAAAUGCACUUUUUGAGGGAUGUUAUACAUAAAUAUGUGUCCCCGGUGUGUAAGGAGACUUACAAAGUAUCAGAAAAUAAAACCCUCUCUCUUUUCUUCCGUACCCACAUCUCUAAAUACGGGUGUACCAUGGAGCUGAUCCAGAUUUGCUGAGAACUUGACGUCAUGUGGUUAAUAUUUGCCCUUUUACAUUUGUUAGAUCACAUUAAUGAAUUAAAGUGCUACUUGUUUUUUUGCCCGCUGA